ACAUCUCAUCGGAGUAAGUUCCUUAAGGACUCGUUCAGAAAUUAUCGCAAUUGGUGGGUUUUUCUUUAUUUUGCCUUUGUUGGAGACCAGUUUGGAAAGCACGGCUUCUUUGGUAUCGAAAAAUAAGUUUAAAGUGUUGUUUGCUGAGCUCGGCUCGGAUUUAAACGCUCAUCAAAAACAUGGAGAAUGAAAUGAAAUAUUUGGCCGUCGAUCGGGCAGCCAUUGCUGAUCCAGCGGCCCAAGCCAAAUGGUCAGCGAAGAAGCUGGUGUGGAUUCCUGACGACGAACAUGGAUUUGUGGCUGCAAGCGUGAAAGAUGAUAAGAAAGACUCAGUGGUUGUCGAAUUAGAAGGAGGAAAACGAAAGACUGUGAACAAGGAUGACAUUCAAAGAAUGAACCCACCCAAAUUUGAGAAGGUGGAAGACAUGGCUGACUUGACCUGUUUGAACGAAGCUAGCGUGUUGCACAAUCUGAAAGACAGAUACUUCUCUGGACUUAUCUAUACGUACUCAGGUCUUUUCUGUGUCGUUGUGAACCCUUACAAACGCUUACCUAUUUACACGGACAAAGUAGUGGACAUGUAUCGUGGAAGGAAGCGACACGAAGUACCUCCUCAUAUCUACGCUAUAACAGACAACGCGUAUCGAAGUAUGCUUCAAGACCGUGAAAACCAGUCAAUUCUCUGCACGGGAGAGUCAGGUGCUGGGAAAACAGAGAAUACCAAGAAAGUAAUUCAGUACUUGGCAACAGUGGCUGGUCACUCACACAGCAAAACAGCACAGACUCCGAAGAAAUCUGGUUCAACUAGUUCAGCUGUCAGCACAAAGAUUGGAUUAUCUGGAAGCCAGGUGGAGUUGGAGAGGCAACUUCUUGCUGCUAACCCCAUCCUUGAAGCUUUUGGAAAUGCUAAGACAGUGAAGAAUGACAACUCAUCACGUUUUGGAAAGUUCAUUAGAAUCAACUUUGAUGCAUCAGGAUUCAUUGCUGGUGCCAAUAUUGAAUCUUACCUUCUUGAGAAAUCACGUGCUGUGCGACAAACACCAAAUGAGAGAAGUUUUCACAUUUUCUACCAAGUCCUCAAUGGUUUAGACAAAAAGGCCAGAGCGGACAUGCUGUUUCAAGAUGCAGGCUCAUAUAAUUAUUUGAGCAAUGGUAAUUUACCAGUAAAUGGUUGGGAUGAUGCAGCAGACCUCCAGGAUUCUUUGACUUGCAUGAGGGACAUGGGAAUUCCAGAGGAUGACAUAAAUGCCCUUUUCCGUGUAGUGUCUGCUGUUCUUCAGUUUGGCAACAUGGCUUUCAAGGAGGAGAGAAGUUCAGAACAAGCUAUAAUGCCAAGCAAUGAAGUUGCUCAGAAAGUUUGCCAUUUACUUGGUAUUCCUGUUACGGAAUUUUCCAAGGCUGUACUGAGACCAAGAGUAAAAGUUGGCCGUGACUAUGUACAGAAGGCUCAAACAAAAGCCCAAGCAGAGUUUGCCAUUGAGGCUGUUUCUAAGACUCUCUAUGAAAGAAUGUUCAAGUGGAUUGUGCUCAGGAUAAACAAAUCCCUGGACAGAACCAAGCGAGAAGGAGCUUCAUUUAUUGGCAUCCUGGAUAUUGCAGGAUUUGAAAUCUUCCAAAUGAACUCUUUUGAACAGCUCUGCAUCAACUAUACCAAUGAAAAACUGCAACAGCUUUUCAAUCACACAAUGUUCAUUUUGGAGCAGGAAGAGUACAGGAAGGAAGGAAUUGAAUGGAAAUUCAUUGACUUUGGACUGGAUCUGCAACCCUGCAUUGAUUUAUUGGAGAAGCCAAUGGGAUUGAUGGCUCUGUUAGAUGAAGAAUGCUGGUUUCCAAAAGCCACAGACAAGUCAUUUGUAGAAAAAGUUAUCAAGGAGCACAGUAAACAUCAGAAGUUCAAGAUCCCAGAGUUCCGCUCUGAAGCUCAUUUCACGGUCAUCCACUAUGCUGGCAAGGUUGACUACAACAGCAAUCAGUGGCUGAUGAAAAACAUGGACCCCCUCAACGACAACAUCAUUUCUCUGCUGCAGAAUUCCUCAGACAAUUUUGUUAGUCUUCUUUGGAAAGAUUCAGAGAACAUUGUCAGUAUGAAUGCAACUCAGAGCGAAACUCCGUUUGGUAGUAAAGUGCGUAAGGGAAUGUUCAGAACUGUCAGCCAGCUGUACAAGGAACAACUAGCCAAACUGAUGGUGGUUCUUCACAACACCAAUCCUAACUUUGUGAGGUGUAUUAUUCCAAAUCACGAGAAAAGAGCUGGUAAGAUUCACGCGCAGCUUGUACUAGACCAACUAAGGUGUAAUGGUGUCCUGGAAGGAAUUAGGAUCUGCCGACAAGGUUUCCCGAACAGGAUGCUUUUCCAGGAAUUUAAACAGAGAUAUGAGUUGCUGACACCAGGAGUCAUUCCUAAGGGUUUUAUGGAUGGAAGAAAAGCCUGUCAGAAAAUGCUGGAGGUUCUCGAGCUGGACACGAAUUCUUAUCGUAUCGGCCAGUCCAAGAUCUUCUUCAGGGCAGGUGUGUUGGCUCAUUUGGAGGAGGAACGUGAUCUGAAACUGACAGAGAUCAUCACUGUUUUCCAAGCCUUCUGCCGUGGGAACAUCGCAAGAAGGCACUACAACAAGCGGGUUCAACAACUAAGCGCUAUUCGCGUUAUUCAACGAAACUGCCUCAGUUACCUUAAACUGCGCAACUGGCAGUGGUGGCGCCUAUUCACGAAGGUGAAGCCGUUGCUCAACGUGACCAGGACAGACGAAGCGCUUCGCGAAGCUCUCGACCUGAAGAAAGCGAACGAAGAGAAGUUGGAAAAGUCUGAAGCAGCAGUCACCGAGCUGGAGAGGAAAUUCAGUCAGGUAUCUGAGGAAAAGAACAUCAUGCAAGAGCAGCUUGAAAGAGAACGCGACGCCUUCCAAGAGGCUGAUGACAUGCGUCAAAGGCUGCAGACCCGAAAGCAGGAGCUGGAAGAAUUGUUGAACGAUCAGAUGGAGCGAUUUGACGAAGAGGAAGAGAAGGUUCUUAGUCUUACCGAAGAGAAGAAGAAACUGAUGAAGGAUAUUCAAGACUUGGAGGAUAGCUUGGAAGAGGAAGAAGCUGCCAGACAAAAGCUUCAGCUUGAGAAGGUCUCUGUUGAGGCCAAAUUGAAGAAGCAGGAGGAGGACCUGACUUUAAUGGAAGACUCCAAUUCUAAAUUGACGAAGGAUAAGAAAUCCUUAGAAGACAAGCUACAGGAGACAAACCAAGCUCUCGCCGACGAAGAGGAGAAAGCUAAAGGCUUGGCCAAACAGAAAGCUAAACAGGAUGCUCUCAUUGCAGAUCUCGAAGAACGAUUGCGAAAUUCAGAAAAGGCUUGCCAAGACUUGGAAAAAAUCCGCCGAAAGUUAGAGGCUGAACUCGCUGAUGUACAUCACCAACUGGAAGAAGCCAAACAAACGAUCCAAGAUCUGGAGGCGACCAUUCAUAAAAAAGACAUGGAAUUGAAUGACUUGAAUGCCAGGGCUGAUGAAGAAUCUGCCAGGAGAAGCGAGCUCGAGAAAACCAAGCGAGAACUGGACAAUCAGUUGGAAGAACUGAAGGAGGAUUUAGAGGCUGAGAAAAGUGCGAGGACAAAGGCUGAGAAACAACGGCGGGAACUCGGGGAGGAAUUGGAGUCCCUCAAGUCGGAACUCGAAGAAUCGAUUGACACCACUGCUGCUGCUCAGGACAUGAGGAACAAACGAGAAGAAGAGCUGAUGAAACUUAAGAGGAGCGUGGACGAAGAAACUGUAGCACACGAGGCUGCCAUGGCACAACUUCGGCAGAAACACACUCAAGCAGUGGAGGAACUGAACGUAGAACUGGAAACAACCAAAAAGGGCAAAGCUCAACUUGAAAGAGCCAAGGCACAUUUAGAGGAAGGCAACUCGCAACUGAAAUCCGAAGUCGAGGAAUUAAGCAGUCGAAAGACCGAGGCUGAACGCAAAGUGAAAGUGUUGGAAAACCAAGUCGCUGAGGCGAACGCCCGGCUCACCGAUGAUGAACAUCACGUCAGUGAGCUCCAAAGUGCCAAAGUUAAAUUACAGAAAGAGAUGGAAACGGCAAACACUCAAGUGGAGGAACUUGAAUCCAGGUGUUCAACUGCAGAGAGAGCGAAGGCCAUGCUUGAAUCGCAACUUGCAGAAACACAGGAAUCUUUAUCAGAUGAAACCCGCCAAAAACUUGCACUUAGCAAUAAACUCAAAGAUUCUGAUGCAGAAUUAAAUCGCCUGCAAGAUCAACUCGACGACGAAGAAGACGCCAAGGUCGCGCUUCAGAAGAACCUCUCCCAAGUUCAAGCGCAAGUCGGAGAACAAAAGAAACUUGCGGAUGAUCGCUCCGCACUUCUUGAAGAGGCCGAGCAGGCCAAGAAAAAAAUGGCGCGAGAGGUUGAAACCCUACAAGCACGUGUAGAUGAACUAAGCGCCAAUAACAGCAAACUGGAGAAAACUAGGAAAAGGUUGCAAGAUGAGGUCGACGAUGUGCAACUCAACUUGGAGAAGGAGAAGGCUCAAGUCAGUGCCCUGGAGAAGAAACAGAGAAAGUUUGAUCAGUUGCUCGCAGAAGAGAAAGCCGUUUCUGAGAAGAACGCUAUGGAAAGGGAUAACGCUGAACGAGACGCCAGACAGAAUGAAACAAAGGUUAUCUCUCUCACGCACGAAUUGGAGGAGCUUCAAGAGAAGCUUGGAGAAACUGAAAGAGUCCGCAAGGCUGCACAGAAUGAACUCGAAGCCAUGAUGGAAAGCAAAGAUGACUUCGGCAAAAACGUGCACGAGUUGGAGAAGGCUAAACGGUUGUUAGAAGCUCAACUCGAAGAGAAGAAACAACAGAUCGAAGAACUUGAGGACGAGCUGCAGAUCACCGAGGAUGCCAAGCUGAGGAUGGAGGUCAACAUGCAAGCCGCCAAGACUCAGUUUGAUAGAGAACUGGCUGCAAGGGACGAGCAGAACGAAGAGAAGAGGAAAGCGUUACUCAAACAGCUCCGUGAACUUGAGAGCGAACUGGAUGAAGAGCGCAAGGGCAGAGUUAGCGCUGCUAACGCUAAGAAGAAGAUCGAAAUGGAUAUGGCUGAUCUGGAAGAACAACUUGACGCAAGCAACCGUGUGAAGGAAGAUGGCAUCCGUCAACUGAAGAAAUACCAACAGCAGGUUAAGGAUAUUCAGCGAGAUCUAGACGACGCCCGACAAGCGAGAGACGAGAUAUCUGAGCAAGCCAAAGAAAACGAGAGGAAAGCCAAGCAGCUGGAGGCUGACUACUUACAAAUGCAAGAGGAUCUUGCUGCUGCCGAACGAGCCAGAAAGAGUUUAGAAUCGGAAAGAGACGAGUUAGCAGAAGAACUAGCGAGUUCAACUCAUCUCAGGGGCUCUGCUGCCGACGAGAAGCGCAAACAAGAUGCACGCAUCGCUCAACUGGAAGAGGAAAUCGAGGAGGAAAGAACUCAGAACGAACUGCUGAUGGAGAAAUACAAGCGGGCUAACAUGCAGAUGGAACAAUUCCAGACAGACUUGAACUCUGAGCGAGCUGCAUUACAGAAAAUGGAGAGCGCUAAGCUGACGCUAGAGAAGCAGAACAAGGACAUGAAGGUAAAACUAGCGGAGCUUGAAAGCCAGACGCGCGCCCGCAAUCGGAUGACCGUGCAAGCACUGGAGAACAAAUUAGCAACAUUGCAAGAACAACUUGAUGCUGAGUCCAAGGAGCGUUCAACCAUGGCCAAGAACAACCGCAAGCUCGAUAAGAAGUACAAAGAGGCAGUGUUGCAAGCAGAGGAGGAAAGACGACAUGCUGACCAAUAUAAAGAACAGAUGGAAAAGGUAAACACUCGUGUGAAGACCUUGAAGCGAUCUGUAGAUGAGGCGGAGGAAGAGAACACUCGACUCAAUGCCGCCAAACGCAAAAUUCAACGAGAACUGGAUGACUACAUUGAAGCGAACGAGGAAUUGACCCGCGAAGUACAAAGUCUCCGGAAUAGGCUCCGGGGCCGCGGUGGUGCAACAACUCGCAGUGGAUUCACCACUCCCCCAGAGCCAAGAAGAAAGUCCACCAGGGCAGAUAGGUCCGCCGACGUAGGGGACAAUGAUAUGGCACCUGAACCAGACGCAGAAUCAUAGAAUCCACCCCCUCUCCCUCCCUCCCUCCCCUCAGCCACUACCUCAUCCAGCUUCAAUUGUCUCUCUUUCAUUCUUAAAUUUAUCUCCAAAAGUCGUGACUAGUUCUUUUUAAUUUAAAAUUUGGUUUCAAUUGGGUAGUUUUUGUAAGGAAAAUAUUCUGUUUGUGAGAUAGUUCACCAUCAGCUUUCAUAGUACAAUAACUGUAUUACACAUUGCCGUGGCUUUGGAGUAUCUAAAUCGCCUCAUAAUAAAAUACGCUAAUCAAGCGAACGAAACUUUGUGUUUUCGGUCGUAGCACAAAAUCUCCGUAGUUGAAAUUUUUGGAAUACUUUGUGUCUUUUGUCAAAGUCUUUCUUAGUUGUGAUUUCUGUUCAGCUCUCUACCUCUGACUUGAGGAAAUUGCCAUGAUAGAAAGAUCAACAUGUAAAGUUUUUAGACAAAUUAAAAUAAAAGAACUGAGAACUAUUUUCAAUGAAAUUUAAAAUAGAGCCUUAUCUUAGUGAUCGCGGGAAGGAUAUGAGACCGGGGUAGUGGUACUUCAAAGUGUCCGGGACGAUCUGACAUAGUUGGCACGGAUUUCAGUGUGCCGUUAUUGAUCUUUAUUAACGUAAAAUUCAAGGAUUUGUGUUAUAGUAUAGUAGUUUUUCAUGAGAUUAUUGUGCAUGGAGUUUUGAUAUUUACAAUCCUUAUGACGGUUAGUCUCGUUUGCAGCGAGUGUUACGCUGCAGUAGUGUUGCGUGACCAAGCUUAUCGAUGCUGCAAAGGAGACUGUUUACUAAGAAGAGCUAACUUUUAAAUGUAAACAUUUAUAUUUGUGAUGUACUUACUAGUCGAUUAGUUACUGGAAUAAAAAGUGCAAGUCUGUUGAGGGUUUGCCGUGUUUGCAGCAAAUUACAUGGCUUGUCACGCAACUCUCGGUAACCAAGUUGUACUGUGAAGGCGGAGAAAGCUGAAACGGACUCUUGUGAGGCCUCUGAGAUAAACAUCCUAAAAUUAUCGAUAAUUUCUAUUUUAUAAGCUGCAAAAUUAUGGUGAUUAGAAUAAAAAUUUUGUUGAACUA